UCCCGUCGAGGACAAAUCUUAUAAAGUUUGUCUGAUUUCCGAAAGAAAACAGGUUAAAACCGUCGGGGAAAAAUACGUAAAACAUGGCUGUGCGUAACCAGUUUGAGGGUAACAACGAAAUAGGAGUUUUCUCCAAGUUAACAAAUGCUUAUUGCUUGGUGGCAAUCGGAGGGUCUGAAAAUUUUUACAGUGUUUUUGAGGGUGAAUUGUCAGAGACCAUCCCAGUGGUACAUGCAUCUUUGGCAGGAUGCCGUAUCAUUGGCCGGAUGUGCGUGGGAAACAAAAAUGGUCUGCUUGUCCCCAAAAGCACAACAGAUCAAGAAUUACAACACAUCCGUAAUUCUCUGCCUGAUUCUGUCAAGCUGCAGAGAGUGGAAGAAAGGCUGUCUGCGCUGGGGAAUGUAGUGACCUGCAAUGAUUAUGUGGCCUUAGUUCAUCCCGAUCUGGAUAAGGAGACAGAGGAGAUAAUUCAGGAUGUGCUGCAGGUAGAAGUGUUCAGACAGACGAUAGCUGACAAUGUUCUUGUGGGUAGUUACUGUGCUAUCAGCAACCAAGGCGCUCUGGUACAUCCUAGAACUAAAGUAGAAGAUCAAGACGAGUUGUCAUCAUUAUUACAAGUUCCACUCGUGGCAGGCACUUUAAACAGAGGUAGUGAAGUGAUAGGUGCAGGCAUGGUAGUGAAUGACUGGAUUGCUUUCUGUGGACUCGACACAACCAGUACAGAAGUCUCAGUCAUAGAAUCUAUAUUCAAGCUUGGUGAUGCUCAACCUUCAGCAGUCUCUCAAAACUUACGAGAAAGUUUGAUUGACAGCAUGACGUAAAGAAAAGACCUAAAGGGGUACCCCAGGACCAGAUGGAAUCAGUAGUGCUGCCAACUGGUUUUGUGCCUCUCGCAUUUCAUGCGUGCUAUGCUACGUUAUACACAUACAUGUAAAUCACACACAUCAUCUGGUUGUUGUAAAUGCAUCAUCAUUAUCAUCAGAAUACAAAGACUUUCCAAGUAGAAUACCACCUGGGUUUGUUCUGGCUUCACCUGUCCAUGUUGUAUUUACUUGCACAGGUAUUCAGACAGUUGUGCAGCAUAUGGCUCUGUGGUCAUGGUGGCCUAUAUGUACUCGUUAUGUUUGGAAUAGUUACAUCUCCACUCUCAAUUAUAAAGUCAGGUAAAGGGCAUUGGGGACUGACAGGAAGUAUUGAGCUUUUGUAUCAACCGUCUUGUUUCCUUAUUGUUGACUGUUGGGUACUGUAAUAUUAGGCCAUACAGGAUAAAAUGUAGACGCACAGUUUGAAAUUUAUGAUGUAAUUUCAUAGCUUUGUGAUGUACAUAUAUUUGGCAGUCUACAAUUUUAGGGAUCUUAGUUAUAAUAAUACACUUUUUCUUAUCUUCAAUCAGCCUUGUUUUGCUCGUUUUGGGGAAAAUUUGUACUACAUCGCAUGCCUGAUAUAAGAACUUUUUUAUAUAAGGGCACAACCAUAUAAAGGCUUCAUUUCAUACCUGGCAAUGGAACCAAGUAUGGCAUGUACAUUAUUCUGUCCAAAUUCUGAGUCAAUAGUUGAUGUAUUUUUUUUAUAGGUUUAGGCUUCCUGUACACCUUUCUAUAUGAUGAGUGUAAUUACAGAUUAAAGUAAAAUUAGAUUUGUCCAAAUCUGGGAACUGAAAUAACUCCAAAUAAAGAAGUCAUAUUUGACCCUGAAGGGCUCUCCAGUGCUAUUAUAGCAGUUGUAGUUAAGUGUUAGACCUGGUACUGUACAUGUAUUUAUACAAGCCUCACAGGUGAUGAUGUGGAUGGUUUACAUGUGAUCUGACAUACAAAGUUGUCAAGUGUCAUACACAGGAAAGACUAUGUAGACUCUUGGUACAUCAGAUUAUACAUCAGAUGACACAAGGGUGCACGAAAUUUUGAUCAGAACUUCAUAGUCAAUCAUAAAGUUUCUGUGUACCAAUAACUCCAGUGUGGAAAUUGAGAAACAGGCUCCUUACAAGGAAGCUUAUUUUUGCAGGUACACUAUCUUGAUUACCCUAAUUUUCAACUUUUUUCAGCACCUCUACUACUACUGUAAAGGUCACUUUCAUUUCUUUCACUUGGCGACUGUUAGUAAUGAAAGUUGUUUAUAUGUAUGCCAGGAAUAUUGAUUUAUGGUGGAAUAUUUUGCUGCUAUAAACAUAUGAAAUAAUCGAUGUAAUCAGCCAGUAAGUCAUUACUCUAGAAUUUUGUCAGAUUUUUGUCAAAAUAAAUCUAUGGCCAAUUAUUAAGAGGUAUGGGUCAGUCUAUGGCCAGUCUGUUGGUGAAUCUUUAACACUGGUUAUACUCUUUAUCGGAAUUACUUUUUUCACUUGAUUUUCCUUGUCACCUAAACGAAUUCUUAGAUUAUUUAUGAUUGAAACUGCCAGGUAUUGGUAUUCUGCUUGAUGAAAUAACGAUGAAUGGUGUUUUCCCUUUUUUUUGCUUAUGUAUAAAUGAUGAUGAUUACAGUUCUAAUUUUACUUUAAAAUGACAAAGUGCAGAGCAAGAUUAAGCACAACACAUUCUAAGUAAAAUUCUUUAAGCAGGAUGAAAAAUGGAAAAUGAAAAUAAUGACUUUUUUUUUUAGGAAUCACAAAUGGGUACUUCCUUUCUGGAAAGGAAAUAUUGCUAGUUUAGCUGAUAUAUGUAACCACUGUUCUUUUCAACUGACCUAGUCUUAGCCACAUGAUCUGUUAGUAUUUUGCAUGGAGACUGAAUCAGUAAUAUUUAUUUAUGUUUUUGAUUGGUGUUUAACACUAUUAUCAAGAAUAUUUCACUUAUACAACAUCAGCCAGAUUUAUGUGUGGAAGAAAACAAGUUAAAGCCUGGGGGAAAUCCAGGACCAUUCACAGGUUGCUGGCAGACCUUGCCAUGUACGGUUGGAGAGGAAGCCAGUAUGAGCUGGACUUUAACUCACAGCGACCAUAUUGGUGGGAGGCCCCUGGGGCAUUGCACUGUGCUGGUGUGCUAACCACCUCGGUUAGAGUUAGAUAACUUUUGUCAUUUGGAUGUAUGUCUAUGUGGAUAUUAUGGAGAUAAGUUUUGGUAGACAUACAUUAAGUUUAGUUGAAAAAACAUGAGAGUGAGACACUUUUAACUAUGUCUUUUUCUCAGCUAAGGUGGGAAUAUUUAAUGACUUCAGAAUUUGCAAAUACAUGUAAUUGAAAGGUUAUGAAUGUUUAGUUUCCUUGGAAUGACCUUGUAAUUUUGUCGUUGGCGUUGAAUCUCCAUGUAUUAAUCAACUAAAUGGUGAUCCCAAAUUACCAGUGCUAUUAUACAACGGGUAUUUCUAUGC